UAUUUUAAUUAGAAUAAGAUGAAUAUCAUUAACAAUGAAUCUUAAAUAGAUAGACUAGAUAAUAUUACAAAGCGAAAAAUGCGCUUUCGUUGUAUUUUACUGUAAUAUAAUAUUUUAUAGAAAUUAAAUAUUUUGUUUCAUAGACAAAACGUAAAAGUUUCAUGUGACAGUCAACGUGUUAAAUUCCAUUAACAUCGCUUUUUAAAUCGCUGAUGUAUUUCUUUUAUCGGUUCAAUUUUCAACAACUUCAGAAUUUCUACGUUCUUUAUUUGCAUGUGUUUUUUUAUACUAUUUAGUAAUUAUUUAGCAUUUAUCAGUAGUAAUUUUUUAAUCGCAUUAUACGAGUCACAAGAAUGAUAAAACAUGACCGUGAUGAAUUGUCCAUGAAAACAAUUUACAAAUAACAGAAUAUUUUUUGGAUAUUCGUGUUAAAGUCUGACGGAAUUGAUUCCAUAUGCAUAAAAGCAAAUAUAAUAUAUUUUAAUAUUUUAUACAGAUAUACUUUCAUAAAACUUCUUUUUCUUCUUUGUUCGUCGGUGUUCUUAAUCUCGCAUUAUCUUCUCCUCAAUUUUUAAGAUUUAUUUAAAUUGUACAAUACUAGUUUUAUUACCUAGUGAAACAAUGCUAUGUGAAACGCUUUCUUCAAUUUGAAUAAAUUUAUUCACUUACUAUAAUCAGAUAAUUUCAACUAGAUUCUGCUAAUAAUUUUUGAUAAUUGAGAGUAAUUUUCAAUUAUCCUACUUCCUUGAUAUAUUUUUCACAGUUUCACAAUGUUAAUAAAACUAUUGAUCAUGAUACUUUUAUAUUAUCCCAGUAAGUCAACCUUUAAUAUAGAUUAAAUAACCUUAUAAUAUUGUUCAACUUAUCGUAGUUUUACGUAAUGUAACAGUGUCGUUCAUCUUAUCACUAAUUGAUGGUCAUACUUUUGAAACAUCGUAUGCGGCGGUGGCACAAGACACAGAUACAAAUUUUGAUAAAUUAAACACGAGUCUAUUUAAAAUAUAUCCUGUACUAAUUUCUCCAAACUGGAUAUUGCAAAUUUGUUUGAAAGACACCAUGUUAUUAGAUAAAUUACAGUCGCACAUAAACGAUUGUAACAAUUAUCCUUGCAUGUUUUCAAAAAUCAUUCAAGAUGAAGAAAUGAAAUCCAUUGUAUCUAUAAUACGAAAUGAUACAAUGGAUGAUACCAUCAGCAAGGAAUUUAAACAAAGUAUACAAGACUGUUCAGUUUGGUGGAAAUUAUUUAAAUAUUUCGACAAGAAUGCAAAUGCUCGUCGAGAAUUAGGAAGAUGCUUAUUUCAAACGUUUUCAUUCAAAUGUAGAGAAUUGGUUUUAGAUAAAGUACGAUUACUUUUAAUUACUACCGAGGAACAAUAAAAAUAUUAAUUGAAGUCAUAGUAUAAAGAUGAUUGAAAAUUGGAAGGGAGAUGUUAAAAAUUUCUUGUAAACAAAUUGUUUGUUAAAAAAUAAAAUUUUAAUAUAUUUCUCAAAUAUAAUAAGUAUUUUUACAGGAAUAUUAUUUAAUAUUUUUCACUUUGUACGAAAUCAUACAAAAAGUACUAUAUUAUAUCCCUACUGUGCAAAUUAACUUAGUAACACC